AUGAUUGAGAUUCAAGAUUACACCAAGGCCCUGGAAGUGCUCAAAGAGUAUCCUUCCGGCGAUGGCCUCCACGUCGACACCCUCCUCAACUCGGACGGCCAUGGAGCCUUGACCUACAAUGACUUUCUUAUUUUGCCGGGAUCUAUCACUUUCCCAGCAUCCGACGUCUCUUUGGAUACCAAAGUGACUAGACGGUUCACCAUCAAGGCCCCUCUCCUGUCCUCUCCUAUGGAUACUGUUACUGAGCACAACAUGGCUAUUCACAUGGCUCUUCUAGGUGGUCUGGGCGUAAUUCAUAAUAACUGCCCGCCAGAAGAGCAAGCUGAAAUGGUGAGAAAGGUGAAACGCUAUGAAAAUGGCUUCAUCCUGGACCCCGUUGUUCUGUCUCCCACGACGACAGUUGGAGAGGCAAAGGAGUUGAAAGCGAAAUGGGGAUUUGGCGGGUUCCCAGUGACUGAAAAAGGCACCCUGCACUCAAAGCUUCUCGGUAUCGUCACGAGCAGAGACAUCCAGUUCCAUCAGACGCCCGAGGACACUGUCACGGCCGUUAUGGCAACCGACCUCGUCACCGCGCCGGCAGGCACUACACUUGCCGAGGCCAACGAAGUCCUCCGAAGCUCAAAGAAAGGCAAGCUGCCAAUUGUGGACAAGGACGGAUGCCUGGUUUCAUUGCUGUCUCGGAGCGAUUUGAUGAAAAAUAUCCACUACCCCCUGGCAUCAAAGCUGCCAUCUAAGCAGUUACUGUGCGCAGCAGCCGUGAGCACGCACGAGGCAGACAAAAUCCGACUCCAAAAGCUUGUCGAUGCGGGAUUGGACAUCGUCAUCGUGGACAGUUCUCAAGGCCACAGCACAUACCAGAUCAAUAUGAUCAAGUACAUCAAACAGACAUUUCCCGAUAUUGACGUGAUCGCGGGUAAUAUCGUCACACGGGAGCAAGCCGCAGCCUUGAUUGCUGCCGGUGCGGACGGGCUGCGUAUCGGUAUGGGCAGUGGAUCUGCUUGUAUCACUCAGGAGGUUAUGGCUGCUGGUCGUCCUCAGGCUGCUGCUGUUCGUAGCGUGUCUGCAUUUGCUGCCCGAUUUGGCGUUCCUACCGUCGCCGACGGCGGUGUUCAAAACCUGGGUCAUAUCGUGAAGGGUCUUGCUCUAGGUGCCUCGGCUGUGAUGAUGGGCAGUCUGCUCGCUGGUACGACUGAGUCUCCUGGUGAAUACUUUGUGAGCAAUGGCCAGCUGGUUAAGGCUUUUCGCGGCAUGGGCAGCAUUGCUGUCAUGGAGGAUAAGGGCAAGAGUGUUGGCGGUAAUGCCGGUGCUUCGCGUUAUUUCUCUGAGAAUGAUCAAGUUAAGGUUGCGCAGGGUGUUGCUGGGUCAGUUGUUGAUCGAGGAUCUAUCACUCAAUAUGUCCCUUACCUUGUCGCUGGUGUGCAGCACUCUCUUCAGGAUCUCGGCGUCCAAAACCUUGAUGCGCUCCAUGAAGGCGUGAAUAACGGUUCGGUUCGGUUUGAGAUGAGAAGUGCUAGUGCGCAGACUGAGGGGAAUGUGCAUGGCUUGCACAGUCAUGAGAAGAAGCUGUACUCUUCUUAA